AUGGCCAAAGGGACGCGAAAUCGUCGAAAGGUGGAUCCCAUUAAACGCAACAAAGACGACGAAUACGAAGGUGUUGGACCUUCUUCACCAACAUGCUCCGAACGGUCUGAAAACGGAGAUCAAUCAAGCGUGGAGGGAUCUUGUGAUGAGGAUGAUAUUGAGAUGCCGUGCAAACUAGCAAUGUAUGACUUCAAUCAAUGCGAUCCUAAGAGAUGUUCAGGGAGAAAGUUAUUGCGUGCUGGACUUAUUAGCGAGGUCCGUCUCGGCGCACGUUUUCCUGGUUUGGUUCUGAGUCCAACAGGAGAAACGACGCUUGCUCCGUCUGAUCGCGACUUCAUUGAUCAUCACGGUCUAGGUGUGGUUGACUGUUCAUGGAAAGAAGUUGAAAGGACUCCUCUCCACAAGGUCAGAGCUCCUGAGCAUCGAUUACUACCUUACCUUGUGGCUGCGAAUUCAGUGAACUACGGUCGACCAUGUCAUCUGACAUGUGCAGAAGCCAUGGCUGCAGGUCUGUAUAUUAUCGGCCACAUUCAAGCUGCAGAACGCAUAAUGAAGCAAUUUUCAUGGGGACCACAUUUCAUUGAGCUCAAUCGUGAGCUACUGGAUAUGUACGCUAGCUGUGGCACACAUGAAGAAAUUAUCCAGAAACAAACUGAAUACUUGAAUAAACUGGACAAGGAAGCUGAGGACUGUCGUAAUAGGGAGAUUGAUUUGCCACCAAGUGGGAGCGAAUCUGAAGAGGAGGAAGAAUCCUAA